CGACGCCUCCUGAAAAUCUCAGAGGCCAUGCCGGCCUUGUGACCCGCUUGAUUGCUUCCUCGGCUCUUGACUCAACUUUGAUGGUUGGAGCCUCACUCCUCAUGACUACACUGCCUGGUUGCUUUGCAUAGCCACACGGCUGCAAGCAACAGGUCCCUCUGUCCAGACAUAUUCUCCUUCCUUGCGGCAUUUCCACUUCGAGACACAUCGAACAAUAAAACAAUAGUAGACCAUCGCGGCAUCCACCGUCCCGAAUGGCACCACAGCCCCGGGUCCCACAUGUAGCAUGUUCAAGGCUGAUGAAACUGAAAACGAUGCAUUUUAGCAAACUGACUGCUCAAAACGAAACCAACUCGGAGAGGAAGACGAUGGGAGCUGGGUAUCUCAAGGCGCUGUCAUCAACUUCUCGCGUCGUAGUCAACCCAAAACACGCCUCGCUUUGUCUGUGGAGUCCACCUCUGUCCUCUGGACUCCGUACUCCCUACCCCCUGAGAGUCAGACUGUUGUACAUCCCGUCCCGUCCGCAUGGAGCCCUCACCCGUCCCCGUCCCAGCCGCAGUGUCACAGCCACAGCCAGACCCAUCGCCAUCCGGCCCGGAACCCACAAUAUCGAUGAUACCGAUCGGCACACAGCAGUCACACAGCCUCUGGACCUCCAUCUCCGGUCCCGCCGCAGCCCAGAAUCAGAAUCGUAAUCAGGAUCAGGAUCCGGAUCCGAAACCCUUAUCCAAAUCCCGCAAAAGUCCGCUCGUCGUGAUCAUCGCCGGCGCCGGCGACGUCGCGGCGUCGUAUGUUGCUCUCGAGCGCCUUCUUCGCCCCUUUACACGGGUGUUUCUCUAUGACCGGACGGGGCUUGGCCAGAGCCAGUCUGCGCCUGAGGGGUAUAGACCAAAUGCGGUGCGUGCAGCAGAGGAAUUGCACGCCCUCCUAAGCACUACAAAACAAACCCAACCAGAGCUGGUCUCUGAUCCCACUUCCUAUAUCCUGGUAGCACACUCGUACGGCGGGAUCAUCGCGCGCGAAUUCCUACACCUGUAUCCAGAGACCGUAGCCGGGAUGGUCCUCGUCGACUGCGCGACGGAGCGCUCGUCUGAACUGCUUACAUUCCCGGACCCGAACAUCGUCGCCGUCAUGGGCGAUUUGAAUUUCGCGCGGGUGACGGGGUUAAGACGGGAUACGGUGCUCUCGGAUGAGGAGUGGAGGGUUCGGGCGAGGGAUAUACGGGCUGGUGCGGAGAUGGCGGGUGCCGAGGCAAGGAGUUUUGUUGAGGUUUGCGAGACGCUUCAAGCGAAAGAGCAGGUUAAGAGUCAAGCUCUGGGCGACCGACCACUCGUCGUGAUCCGUGCGAAAGGGGUGAGGGACUACGAACUGAUUUACGAGGCUGGCCUUAAAGCUGGCUAUGGGAGUCCCGAGCAGCAGAAGGCGUUUCGGGAGCUGCUGGAUCGGUGGGAGGGGAUUGAUAGAGAGGUGCAGGAGGGGCAGCUGGGGCUGUCGAGGGUGAAUAAACUCGUUAGGGUCGAGGAUUGUGGGCAUAAUGUGCAUCUUGUGAGGCCGGAGGUUGUUGUUGAGGGGACUCGGUGGGUUUUGGAUGUGAUUUCGCGGGGGGAGUGUAAUGAUGGGAUUAGAGAGUGAGCUUGAUUGCUUCUGCAACUAGUUAUCUGCUAACUAAUGGCGGCGGUUGAGCUUGUUCACGUCGCGCGCGUGCUUGUAGACGAGCUCUUUGGCUUCGGCGCUGUUCUCUGUUAGUAUGCAUCAUGCCUUCAGGGGACUAAAUAGGGGGCGUACUCGUCAAGAUAGAUGGUGAAUCCAUCGUCGUGGUUCCGUCCGUAGGAGUACCCAGAGAACCCGAAUUGCCAGUACAUGUCCGGCAUCUUCUCCUUUAGACUGAUCUUCUGCCAGCCCCCGACAGCCUCGAGGCGGGUGAUGUUCGACACCGUCCCGAGGUUAUUCCAGCGGCCCUCGUCGGUCAGCCAGCCUACACGAAUUAGCCCUUGAUCCUGAUAAAGCAAAGACGAGAGAAACUGCGGAAAACUCAC